UAUAUUAUUAUUUGCCGAUAUAUUGGCCGGGCCGCAAAAUAUUUGUUGUGGGCCGCGAGUUUGACAUCAUUGCUCUACGAUAUUACUUUUGAAAUAUAAAGAAAAUAGAUGUAAUGGAAAUCAUGCGGUUGAAAGAUGAAUACGGCAGUAUGUCAAACAAUGUUUGGUACCUGAAAUCUAGUGAUGGGAAAAUUUUCCGCUAAUUUUGAGAUCCCGACUAUUGGGAAUUAGAAACCGUUCUUUAAUAAAAUUCCUAUAAAUAUUACUUAAUUAUUCUGAUAAUAUGAUGUGCUUUAUUCUAUUAAAAAAUUUUCACUUUAAGAAUUAUGAAUUGGACCAAAAUUAAAAUAUGAAAUAUUUUAUUUUUCUCAUGUGAUACCUUUCAAAGAUGUUUAUGAUUCCGUGUACGUCUAAUAGCUAACGUAAAUUAAUUAAAUGAAGUUGAAAUCAAGAAUAACAUGUACUUUGGGAUUAUGUCUUGUUAUGAUUAUUUCAUUGGCAUUUUAUUUCAAUUACUCGCAGAUAGAUCUUCAAAGAUCAGAAAAAAGCCAGAUGUCAAAGUACCAUUUUGAAAAAGAAACUAGUUCAUCCUUACAGCACAGUGAACAUUUCAGUGAUCGAACUUAUAAGAAUCUUAGCAUUACCAGUGUGGCAGCUGUUGCUGGAAUAAAAAUAAAUACAAAACUGCAAAAUAUGAAUUUCACAUUUAAUGGAAAAGGAUUAGAUUAUCCAAGAAUAGUGCACUAUAUAAAAGAAAACUUACGAAGUGAUUUAAAGAUGAAAGUGUCACCAUGGAAUCUGGCUGCUGGUUGGGUGAAUUCAAGGGAAAUACACGGAGAAAAUACUCCUGAACUGGGAUUUGUUCUGAAUGCUAUGGUUACUUACAAAAUAGUUCAUGCUGGCAUAGGUUAUAAAGGUACACAGUUAAAAAUGAUGCUGAAACUUAGUGGAGGUCAAGAAGUUAUUUUCAAACCUCUGAAAUAUUCGAGAGAGUAUGUCAUCACUGGAUCACCUUAUGCUGGUGCUGACAGACAUAAUGGAGAAAUUGCAGCAUUUCACUUAAACAGGCUUUUAGGUCUUUGUCGAUGUCCUUUAACUGUUGGUAGAAUUAUCAACCUUAAAACAGAAGUUUUACCUGUUGCAUCAGAAAGUUUAUCAAAGACAUUUUUUACAAAAGAAAAUGACACUUGUUUCUAUGGACAUUGCUACUACUGUUCUCCUGCCGAUCCUGCAUGUGCUGUAGGAGAUGUUAUGGAAGGAGCUAUGAUUCUCAUGCUUCCAGAAAAAUACAGACUUAAGAAGUACCGUAGUCCAUGGCAGAGAACAUACAAAGAUACAGUUACAGCUCGAUGGGAACAAGAUUUUAACUACUGUGAUCAAAUAAGAAAAAUAAACAUGUUUAAAAAGGGUAACAGAUUAUUAGAUUUGAUUGAUGCUUCAGUCUUUGAUUACUUAAUUGGGAAUGCUGAUAGACAUCAUUAUGAAGUUUUUGCAGAUUUUCCAGAUAGCAUAGUCAUUCUCUUGGAUAAUGGAAAAAGUUUUGGAAAUCCAUAUUGGGAUGAAUUGACCAUUUUAGCACCAUUAUAUCAAUGUUGCAGAAUUCGGAAGAAAACAUAUGAGCGACUGUGGGCCUUCGUUGGUCAUCUUGGACAGUCUCUCAGAAAUAUUCUGGAGUUGGAUCAAUUAAGCCCUGUUUUGGCAUCGCCUCAUUAUGAAUCUCUCGAUCGAAGAUUAAGAACAAUUCUAGCUACUAUUGAAGUUUGUGUUGAAGAAAAUGGAGAAGAAAAAGUCUUGCUGGAUACUUUAUAGUUAUGUGCAAUACAUGGCCGAAGAAGAAGUAUCUUUAAUAUCAUCAAAGAAGCAAAUGUCGAAAUUUUUUGCAAGAUCUUGGGAGUAGUAGUUAGGUAUUCAUAUACAUGUAAAUGCAUAUACUGCAGUAUUAAUGAAAGGAUUCCAAUUGAAAGGAAUCACCUGUCAUUUUUCUAAAUUAACAAGUAAGGUGCUUCAGAUAAACUAAUCUUUAUUAAUGGAUCAAAUUUUUAUGUGAAUCUGGAUUUUUCUUCUGAAUGCAAUAGUGCCAAAACAGUUGAAUUUCCAGAAACUUUAAGCUUCACUAUGUUAGAAAAUAAUCUUACUUAAAAAUACAUUUUAUUCUGUAUUGUAACUAACAUUGAUUUUGAAUGAAGAAAUGCUAAGUGCAUCCUUCUCGAAUCUUCGAGAUGUCUCCUACAUAUCAAAUGUGGUUUCAUAGCCCAAAAUUAUUUUUUUAAGUGCUAAAGUUUAUUUAUAUAAAUGUAGACUAGUUCUGAUUUUAUAAUUAAUUUAAAUUAUUUCAGUGAUAUUUGAUUUUAAUAAUGCGAGGAAAGGAAUAUUAUUCUACAAAGUUGUUAAUUAUACUGAAAAUAAAAGAUUAAAUUUAAAAUGAACAUUCUAAAUAUCUUGAGAGUCCAUUUAAAAUAAACAUUCUAAAUAUCUUGAGAGCCCUUGUGAACAGAAAAUUAUUCUUUGUGCGAUUCAAAACUAUAUGUUAAAAAAAAAAAUUCUUUACUAAAAAUUUAAUUUUUUAUGGUCACAUUUAAAUUUCAGUUUGAAGUUAUUUUUAUUUGCUUGUUUUUGUGUGCUACGCUAUUAUGACUUAUUGUGUUGUUCAAAUACAGUUCAUGAUACAGCACUGUUUGGCUGAGUCCAUUUUUAUUCAUUAGAAGAGAGUUAAGUGUUGUUUGAAUUUCAUUAUCCAUCAAAAAUGCUUUGUCCAUAAAGAGUUAAUGCGUAGUAUGAAUACUUACCUAAAAUACUUACAGAAGGAUUGUUAAUAAGAAACAUGAAACAAAUUUAUAUAGGAAACUGGAAUUGAAUUUUUACUAAUAAACAACUGAUAGUAUGAAAUUAAAUGUAUAUUCUGAAUUACGAUAUAAUGUUAUCCAUAAAGAAUGUUUUUAAGUUUUAAAAUUUAUUUCAUAGCAAGCUCAUUCAAUUUAAUUGAUAAAAAAAUUUAAUAAUGUAUUUUUCUGUUUUUCAUGCAGUCUGAAGACAUCAACAAAUCUGUUGUACUGUUCAUAUAUUAAAAAAUGUUCUUGAUUAAUUUUAAAAUCACAAUCUGUUCUUGUUUGUUUCUUUUCAUGGCUGCAAUGAUUUUAUCUUGUGUGUGAUAUAAAACUUGGUUGAAUUCAAUCAUGGAAUUGUUGCAAAAUUUUGUCCUUUUUAUUUUACAAUAUAACAUAAUUAUAAGGUAAAUGAAAUAAUGUUUUGAAUUUCAAUAUUUCUAGUCAGUUAAUAUACAUUUAAUUGAAAUGUAUUAAAAAUCAUUAAUACUUUCUCUAUUUGAGGUAGAUAAAACCAUGAGAUUUGAAUGGCUUGUCUUUCUAUUGAUUUGUCAAUGCAUUUAAAUAUAUUCAAAAAUCUUAUUUUCUAUUAAAAUUAGUGUUUUUGUAUUGUAAUGUUUACAUGUUAAUAAUCAGUGUUAUGAAUUUUUAUACUAUUUUAUUUAUUUGCCAGAUGUGCUAGUUUUUUGUAAAUAUGACUGUUCAUUCCACUUUUAUAUCUUGUAGCAAUUGUUAUAUUUAUUAAAUGUUUUGUUUUGAAGUCUUAGUGAAGUAGACAUCAUUUUUAAAUACAUACAAAACACUUUUUGAUAACUUUACUUAUACAAUAGGUUAUAGUUAUUCAGUUUGUGAAUCAAAAUGAAGGGAGAGACUACUUCAUUUUGCAA